UUUUUUUUUUAUCCCUUCCACCACUCUACGCUCUUGUUUCUGUCAAUAGGAGAAAAGUUUUACCAAUCGGUUACGCGCGUGUAACUUAAACUGGUUUCCUGGCUGUGUCGUUGGUCGACUCGUAGAUACAUGUGGUGUUUUUUUUCUUUUCUUUUUUCCUUUUUUUUUUUAGGUUUAUUUUUUUCCUCGUUUCUUUGAGACGCGAAAUUGGCACGCGACAUUGGCGAGUUGUUCAUGGGUGGUAAUUGGUGUAUACGGUAGAGUUGAACGAGUUGGAACGUAGGUGCCUUUCGGUAAAGAGCGAGCGGAGUUUUCAUAAUGGAAAGGGGAAAAAAAUUGAGGGGUGGAAGUUGUAACGAAACUGCGUUGUUCAUUCGAGUAUUAUUCGAUAAUGAUAUCGUUACAUUGACGGGGAAUAGAACGGUGAAUAUACUUAAUCGAAGGAAGGAAAUGGAUUGUUUCGUCGAUCGAUUAAUUGUUUUCUUUCUAACGCGAAAACAGCUGUUUCCCCUUCCCUCCCUCUUGAAAAAGGGAAACAGAAUUCGAUCGGUGGCGGAGAUAUGAAAUUAAAGAGCAACAAGUGACCUCAAAAUGAAAGAACAUAAAAAUGCAAACGGCCGAUCGAGAGUUUUUACGCGGCUCAAUCGAACUCAAAGCGGAGCGCGAGAUCAUUCGGAAAAGGGGGAUACGGAGUUAGAGUAAACCGAGAGGUAAAAAGGGGUGAGAGCCGACACGGGUAAGGGUAGUGCAGAUAGAUAAAUACUUAGAAGUCACGCUGCUUUAUUGACCAUUUCUGACGUCAUCCUCGACUACAAAGAAAACCGAACCCCUCUCGUGGUGCAUAUCUUGGGGGAUGAAACGAGGGAUGAACCGAGUUUCAUCGGAAUUAAAAGCACAAACAUCGAGAUCACGAGAAGCCGUUUGUGUCAAAUUGAACGAAGCUUUUCCUUCUUCUUCUUCGUUUUUAAAAAAAAUUAAUCAAAUGAAUAGCCCUCUCAAAAUUUGAUUUCAAUUUGAAAAACUAAAAUUAAAUCGAACAAAUUUAAUCUUGAAAUUAAAGGGAGUGAAUCAGAAUUGAGAUUUCGCAGAGAUAUGUUUCGAACAGUUGGAAAAAAGGGGGGAUCGCAGAAAUACAAACGUUCACAAAGAGCGAAGAGCGUCUUUGAUUCAAGCCGUUUCUACGUUAGUUCCAAUAUCGGCCGUCUAAGCAAGAGCUCGCCACUGUCCAGCGACCCUUUCACCAGCACAAGCAGCUUUCAACCCCUUAGCGCACACGGAUACGUCUCCACAGACGGGGGUGAUUUUUCUUUGGAACACCAACAUUGCCCCGCGGCAGUCUCACCGUCAUGGACACAGACUCGAUACGAGCAUGCAUCAGUGGGGUUGCGCGUAUCCUCGUUUCGCCCCGUAAGGGAUAGCUACCCCUCUCUUUUCUCGAGAAUCGCGCAUGACCGAAAUCAUUUGCGCUCUUCCUCGCGCUACCUUCGUCCGCGAGCAACAUCAAAUGAACCGCUCUUUCCACCGAGCAUGAAACUACUCGAUUGUUAUUAUUAACGUCGUUGACUAUAAAAAAAAAAGAUUGCAAAAAGUAUAUCGCGUAUGAUAUUAUUUUUGAUCGAUUGAUAAAUACAAUAUAUAUAUAUAUAUAUCAUAAUAUCCAAAAACCAAUGACUUUUAUAACACCUCGUAAUCAAUCCAUUUUUUUCAUUUUUACUGCUUUCUUUUUUUCUUCCCCUCCCCGUGAAAUAAAAAUAAUUUACGUCCCUAUAAAUCAUCUUAGUCUGCCUAAUUUCCGCUGCAUUCGUUUCGAAGCUUGCACGCGUCCAGCCUAUCCAAUAUCAACGUACACCAUCGCCUCGAACCCCCCCUCCCCCGUUCUCCCGUUACACCUCGGCGUAGUCGCGCACACGUACACGGGGCCAGCGUGAUAAAGUAGAAACUCUCUCUGUUCCUGUCCGCAACGCGUGCAACGCGUUCGUCUGUCCUUUUCGCCGGUUCACCGUCGCGAGGCAUACGAGCGCGUGGUCAGCUUUCGAGAAAGCUCUCCCUCGUUCCAACGGUGUCUAUUCUAUCAUCCUCUUCGUCUUCAUCCACACCGACCGCGCGGCGAGCGGCCUCUCUUUUACCCGCCCGUUGCCGCUCCACGAGCCCCAUCUCUGUCCCUCGUACGCUGGCCAGUCGAGUGCGUCUCGGACGAGUUCGGGGAUGUUCGUGUCGUUUGCAGUCGUCCUCGUUGCGCCCUCGUGGACAUCACGGCGCGUCAUCUUCCUCUCGCAAUUUAUCCCCUUCCACCGGCGUAACCUGUUCACCCACCACCAACGAUUCCGUCGCAAGCUUCCACGAUCGAGAUCCUCCUCGUCGCACAAACGACUCCCUCGUUGAUAUCGUCUUCCUCUGAAUUCAUUCAGGGCCGGCUUCUGGCCUCUAGUUGCCCCAUGCAACUAAACCCUUUUUCUAAUCCACCAAUCCUGAAUCGAUCCGAUAAACAUCCCCUUCGUCGCUCUCUUCUCCUUUCCUUAAAUGUAAUCCAACCGCGUGUAAGAAAAAUCCUCGUGGAUAUCGAUGGCACAACAUAUCCGAACAUCCCCAUCGAAUAAUUAAUUCCCUGUUGAGGGAAGAGAUCGUAUCGAUCGGAUGAUAAAGAGUUCGGAUGACGGAGGAAGGGAAAAAGAGUAGCGCGACAACAAGUUGGCGUGAAACGUCUCGUAUAAAUCUUGAAUUUUGCCGGGGCAGUGAGAGCGGGUAGUCUGUGCCAAGGGGCGGUCAUGUCCUCUCGCUCGUCCCCCUUCUUUUCUCGCGUCUCGCCGUGCAUAAGUCGGUCCUUGUCGGCCGUCCGGCCUGCUCGCCUCUCCUCGUCCAACGAAUAGGUCGGCGCCGUUCUCGCCCACGCGGCACUCGUAGCCCGCUAGGAGAAGCAGGCGGCGAGCUUUCGAGUCCGGACGGUAGAGGAGCCACCGUCCGGGGCAGCGGCCAAGAGGGGCCACCGGCUUUCCUCCGCUUGCUGGCCGGCGCGCGUGUUUCUCUCCCUUCGGCUUACAGCAUCCGCCGGAGCUUCUCCUCUCUCCGCCUACGCGGUGCGAGUGUGCCGUGUGCGCCAGUGCGCCCGCAAGCCCGCAAGUUCGCGCUCCGCCACGCAGCCCAAGCUCUCUCUAGCCGCGCGCUGAUCGGCCACGUUCGUCAGCCGGGCCCCACGCAAAAAGGCAGCGGGGCCGCGCGCGAGCCGACUGGACACACACGACGGACGAUUUCUUACUUGGCAAAGAUUCGAACACGUAACACUUAACGAUUGGACACAACGGGCCGGCUUGGCGAGCAAACGCGUUCCGGAAAGAACAGUUUAUACGUGUAUAUAUAUAUGUAUACACAUGUGUAUAGAUAUAUAUAUAUAUAUCCAAGGAAACCGAUCAUUCUUAUAUUAUUGUAUUAUUAAUUCGUAUUGUAACGCUCGCCGCUCGAGGAAACAGUUCGACGACGUGGUGUGACACGUAACACGAGUGGAAAACACACUCGAAACACGCGCUCUCCUAUCGAUAAACCUGACAACACGAGAGAAGAAAACCGGGCAGUGACUGUGAGGAAACGAACAGGAUAUCACGGACCGCUAUCCAGUGCGCUGUUUUCGUUUGUGAACACCGUUUACGCACGUCCUCGAACACGUCUUCUUGGGAUCGCCGCGAUCGCACAGAUUGACGAAUGACGACGUAACAGAGAGCUGGCUGAUGCGCGGAUACUGGGACACAAGAGGGGACGGCAUCUUUCAAAUCGCCACGGCAACGGUUCAUCACGAGAUAAGAAGAAUCGCGGGAAGGAAAAUCGAGACGAGGGAGCGAGGGGCACCUAGCCCUUUGGCGAGCUCGAAGGAUGCAGCUCCCAGGCGGGAGCACUAGAAUUCCGCCCGCGAGAGCACCGGCCUCAGUUCUCGUGAUUAUAAACGGAAGUAACAUCGUAUCGAAGACUGUGACGAAGAAACGUAACGGAAAGUGUAGCAAUAGUAGCGAAAACGGCGGACCCGGUACGAAUAGCGAUAGAUACAUAAGGAAUAACGAUAGGAAUAACGAUCCAGAGAACGUGCCGCGUCUCCUGAUAAGAAAUCGCCAUCCCGAGACGAGGACGAGCCGCCGACAAGCCCGAGUCAUCGAGAAGCCCCAGCUGUUGGCGUCAACCCCAAGGCGGAAGGAUCGGGGCGAGGAAUAGUAAAAAGAAAGUAGAGAAAAAUCGAGGAACGACGGAAGAAGAGGAAGAGGAGGCAGGAGAGAAGGAGAAAAAGGUGAAGAGGAGGAGAAGGCUAGAGUUCUUUGGGAAGGAGAAGGGUGCCGACGUCGUCGUCGUCGGCGGCGGCGGCGGAGGAGGCGGAGGAGAAGGAGGAGGAGGAGGAAGAAGAGGAGGAAGAGGAGAAGGAGGAGGAGGAGGAGGAGAAGGCGGCGGCGGCGGCGGCGGCAGAGAAGGAGGAGGAGGAGAAGGAGAAGGAGGAGGAAAAAGAAGAAGAGGAGGCGGCGGCGGCGGAGGCGCGACGGAGGAGAAAGAGGUAGAGGAGGAAAAGGAAGAGAAGGAGAAGGAGAGCCCAAAGACGAAGAAAGUGGAGAGGGGAGAGUGUUGGGGAUCAGAGUGGGGAGGAGAAGGUAGAAGGAACGAGGAGAAAAGACGGCUGUGGUAGGGGAAACGGCGAGAAUAGUAGAGUAGAGAAGCAGAGGCAGCGCGCUGAGCCACGAGGGGCUAUUCGAGCGAGAAGGGGAGGGGUGACAAGGAACCCUGGCGGGGAGGGGACGCGGAGGCCUUCGGGGGGCCGACCAACCAGACGGCCGAUGAUGUCAUCGGGGGAGGAGACCGAGUAUUUCGCCCCCUACGGAGCAACUACGGAAAGCAAGCAACAGCGACUCCAGAAGAAGCAGAAGCGCACCAGACAGCGCGUGGACGCCGGCGAGCCGCGCAACAACUACUCGAGUAUACCGCACUUCACCUCCCGGCCAUCCUUCCACGGUGGCGGUGGCCUGUACGGUUCUAUCUUCGGUGGCAGCGGACCAACACACCAGCAGCAGCAACAGCAACAACAACAACAAUCGCAACAACAUCACCCGUCGCAGUCACAAUCGCAGCAGCAGCAGCAGCAACAACAACAACAACAACAACAACAACAGCUCCAGCAGCAACAAGCUGGAGCGGCAAGCAGUCAAGGUCAUUUAAGUACAGCUACGACGGGUCCUAGCACUCAGCAGCAUUCCGCCCACGCGGCUUUUGGCUUCUUCGGGGCACCGGGUUACGGCCCCGCCAAGAUGUUGAACGAGCUACUCGGACGACAGGUCAAACAGGCCAGUGACGCCGGUGGCUCGCCGCCAGAGGGCGGUCACGGGAUGACUGGUGCCGGCAUGGACCCCGCUGCCAAUUUGCAAUCCGGUGCAGUGGUUAAUUGCGACGAUCCCGCCACCGCCGAGCUCACGCAGCACAUGCUCCGCGAUAUACUCCAAGGGCGGAAAAUUUCCGCGCUCGCGCUGCAAGAACAGCCCAACAACAAUAACAGUAUACACAGCAACAAUAAUAACAACACCACAGCGGAUCUACUUAAAUCACAGCAGCAACAUCAUCAAAGUCCUCAACAGCACAACAAUAACAACAGUGAUAGUGCACGUAGUGGUGCAGUGCAGAGUGGUGGGGAGGAGAGUGGUGAUGGAAAUAACGUCGUGAAUAACGCGAAUCACAGUGAUCGUGAUACCGUGAUGCCGGGCGAUGCUGAGGAUAGUGCCGAGGACGCAGCCGCGGCCGCACGUGCUAUGGAGGAGGCGUUCGCCGAAGCUGGUAUGGAGCCUGGAGCGAAUCUCGAUGGAUCCGAUUGCGAGCAGAGUUUACCACCUAGUCCCACGCAGCCAAGGUCAGGGUCCGUAUCCGUCAAGGAGGAGAUACAGGACUCGUUGAAUAUCAAACGGAGCCCUAGUCACUCCCCUUGCCCGAUCGUACCUAAAACAGAGGCCAAUUCGCCGACCACGGAAACGAAACGCGCUCGUGUCGAGAAUAUCGUGAGCACGAUGCGUAGCAGUCCAGCCCUACAAACUGCCACGGUGAACGGUUGCAAGAAACGUAAACUUUAUCAACCCCAGCAACAGACGGUGCAUCACGUCCUCCAGCAUAGCGUCAACGAUACCAUGAUGGACGAUGAGGAGGAGAGCGAGGAGGAGGAUGAUCCGUCGACGAUCAGGCAGAAACGCGAGGAGAAGGAUAAUCUCCAAACCCAGCUGAAGAAAUUGCAUGAACAAUUGGCAGUGAUGCAGCAAAAGUACAAUGAGCUUACGAGUAGAAUCGAUUCGGACGCGGGCGAAAGCAUCGGCGCUCCCCUAAGUCCUCAGCCACCGCUCAAACCACCGCAACCUCAUCCACCGCCGUACAACGGGCUCCCGGCCCUCCCCACCGAACAUCCACACGCCGCGGCAGCCGCUAUGUAUCACAUGGGACAGAAACUCUACCUCGAACAGCAACAAGCCGCUCUGGAGAGGAUGAAGCAGCAUCAGGAGGCAGCUGUCAGACAACAGCAGCAGCAGCAGCAGCAACAACAGCAGCAGCAACAGCAACAGCAGCAACACCAACGACAAAGUUCUCCGCCACCCCCUCCGAGUCAACCGCAGCAACAGAGCCAAAGCAAUACAGGCCCGUCCACGCCGCAAACACCACAAAUGCAGCCGGCGAGCACGCCUCUCCAGCACAAAGAAUUCCAGGAAAGGAUAAAUGUGUUUAGAGGGGCCGCUGCAGCGGCUGGCAGCUCGGGCCCCCACAUCACCGACGAAGAUCUCCAGAGUCUGUCCGAUACGCUGAAAGCGGAAAUCACCUCGUAUUUGACGAAUCUGAUCGACAAGGUGGUGACAAGGUUCGUUCAACAGAGGAGGUAUCUUGGUAAACAAAGCGAGGCGGCGCAAGUUGCCGCCGAGCAAUUGAACAAGGAUCUCUUAUUGGCGAGCCAAAUACUCGAGAGAAAGUCGCCGAGGACGAAAGUAGUAGAUAGAGGAGCGCCACAACCACCCGGUGGCCCAAACGGGCCACGGGGGCCCCACAAUGGCGGGCCCCCACCUCCACAGUCUACGGGUUUCCCGCAAAUCGCGUCCAUGGGUGGUGGACCCCAUGGUCCACAUUCUGGCCCCACGGAAAACAAUCUUAAUCAAAUGAAUCAACUGCCCUCGCACGUGAGGGGCAGGAUGUUCCAGACACCGAAACCGCCAACCAUGUACAGCAUGGCCUCCAUGCAGGCGCAACAGCAACAGCAACAACAGCAACAUCAACAGCAACGAGAGCAUCAACAGAGAGAGCAGCAGCAACGUGACCAAUAUUGCAAUUUGAGGGGCGACGAGAGAGAAAGCAGGGACUCGGAACAGAACGAGGCGCUUUCCCUCGUAAUGACACCGAAAAAGAAACGCCAUAAGGUGACGGACACGAGGCUUACGCCGAGGACGGUGUCGAGAAUCCUGGCGCAGGAAGGUGGUGGGUCGCAAGGAGGCAGCGAGAGUCCACCACCCCCGCCUCCACCGAGAUCGUAUCACCCGCCACCACCGAUGCUGCCAGUGUCCCUGCCAACGAGCGUAGCGAUACCAAACCCCAGUCUCCACGAAAGCCAAGUGUUCUCGCCGUACUCACCGUUCUUCAAUCCUCACGCGGGUCAUCCAGGCCAAGUACCACCUCCUGGCCCACAUCACCUGCCUGCCAGUCCUCCGGGUGGAGGUGUAGAUGUCAGGGACUCCCCUCCACUGCCCCACAUGCCAUUGCAUCCUGCCUUAUUGGCGGCUGCCCAGCAUGGCAGUCCAGAUUACGGACAUCUCAGGAUGGACAGCAACGAACGGCCCAACGACUGCAACUCCGACGACAUCAGCUACGACGGGAUUCAGCCUACAUCGUCGAUGCUAACACCGAUACAUCUGAGGAAGGCGAAGCUGAUGUUCUUCUGGGUUAGGUACCCGUCCUCGUCCAUUCUCAAGAUGUACUUCCCCGACAUCAGGUUCAAUAAGAACAACACAGCGCAGCUGGUCAAGUGGUUCUCCAACUUCCGGGAGUUCUACUACAUCCAAAUGGAGAAAUACGCGAGGCAAGCUGUUUCGGAAGGUGUGAAGAACGCGGAUGACCUACGAGUUGGAGGUGACUCGGAAAUCUAUCGAGUUCUGAACCUUCAUUACAACAGAAACAACCACAUUGAGGUGCCGAGCAACUUCAGGUACGUCGUCGAGCAAACGUUAAAAGAAUUUUUCAAGGCGAUUCAAGGUGGCAAGGACACCGAGCAGAGCUGGAAAAAGUCCAUCUACAAAGUGAUCUCGAGGCUGGACGACCCGGUGCCGGAGUACUUCAAGACCCCGAACUUCCUGCAGCAGCUCGGUUAAAUCAGGAGGUCGCGUGGCUCUUGCUCUUCGUGGUGCGCGGGCUCAUCAGCGCUCGUCGGCUCCCGGUAAUAACCAAGAAACCAAAAAAGAAAAAAAAAGGAAGAAGUAAUAAUAAUAAUAACGAUAGCGAAAUGAAGGAACGGUCAGCAAAGAAGGAUCGCAUCCGCCAGGAGGUACACGUCCUUCGCGUAAAGCGCGUUCAGGUAUCCUUAAACUAACAUAUCGCAGAACGAGCGUGAGAGAGAACGUGAGAGAGGGAGAGAGAGAGAGAGAGAGAGAGAGCGAGAGAGAAAGAGAGAGAGAGAAACAGAGAGAGAGAGAGCGAGAGAGAAAGAGAGAGAGAGAGAGAGACAACUGAGGGAGAGUUAGGGAGAUUAGAGAAGAGGGAGGAUUACACACACACACACAGCGUAGUUCAAGGGAGGAACGAAACGACACGACGUACACGCGACGUACGGAGGCAUCGAUCAUCAUCAAAUGGAACGAUGAGGAGUGCCGACGAAGGAUCAGGCUGUGACCUAAUCACGAGACAACUGUCUGCAUGCGGGAUGGGUGGAUAAUUAUUCAAAUAUAGCUUCGUGCCUUUAUUAAUAAUACCGAUCGGGAUUCUCGAUCGGGACUCUCGAGUUACUAGCGAGGCCACGAACUGUCCACCCUAUCCCCGCCGUGGACAAACACACGCCCGACAAUUCGAGACGACAAGUCUCGAGAAGAGAAGAAGAUGAAGAAGAGGAAGAAGAAGAAGAAGAAGAAGAAGAACGAGGACGAAAGCGUGGUCAACGAACGGCAAGGAAUUUUACACACAACACAAAUAUAAAUAAUACACACAGCUAUAUUCGAGCUAUAUAUUGUCAACUAUAUAUUGUUUUCAAUUUGUUGCGUUACACGAGUUCACCGAUUGAAAAUCGCCUAAUUUUUAAGUGGCAUACACUACGGUUUUUCCCCCUCCCUCUCUCCCUCCGAUUUAGGAGGGAGAGAGAAUUUUAAUAGGGGAGCGUAUAAUAAUAAUAAUUAAACCCGCGACGACGGGCGAGGGGGUGGCUUUCGUUCGAGCGAAACGUUGACGAGGUGUGCCUAUAUAUGAAACGAUAUAUUAUAUAUAUAUAUAUAUUUGUCCAUGUUUCUAGAAGAAGAGUGGAAACCGAUCGAUGAUAAUUAUUAUCAAUAAUAUGUAUAUGGUGGGGCGAGAGAUCCGCUGGACGGAUCCUCCGCAGCUUCCCGUUGAGAGGCAGAAGAGGAACCCUUCUCGUGGAUCUUCCAGGGGAGGAACGGUUCGGGACGGACGGCGUCCACGUUGCCCUUCGUUUCGAGCCGUUUCUAACAACUAGCUAACGGAACAACGAUGGCCAGUUUCACUCGGCAUUCGUCGAACUGUGUGUACCUCGUCGCGGUCCUUUCUUUUUUUUUUUUUUUUUCUUUUUCAUUUUUCAUUCUCUGCGUACCAAAAAAAAAAAAAGAAAAAAAAAAAAAGAAAAAAGAAAAAGCGUACCUCGCGAUUCGAUCGAGCGCACCACCCUCCUUUGAACGUCGUCUCGGUGGCGAUCACAUAUUCUAUCGCGCGAUCACUGCAACAACAACACACUCACGGGCUCUGUGGAACAGGGCGAGCCUGGAUGAUUUUGUUGUUUCGUGAACAAGAGUAUCCUAGAAUGGCGGUUCGUACCGAAUCGACGGGAACGAAACCCAACGUUUUCUUUUCUCUUGAAUGGAAGGUUUUUUUACAUUAUUUCGUAAGCAAAAAUUAAAUCACACCUGUGCGAUGUGUCAUCACGCGCACAGGUCGAUCAGGAUGUAAAUCCUUUUCCUCUUAAGUUGUACAUAUACAUGUUUCUCUUCUCUUUUAUCUUAGCACCAUGUCGAAGAACGCGUUCGAAAUCUCGAGUAUGUUUUGGUUCUAUUCAACGAUAUUGAAAUUCGAAACAUCCGACGGUGAACAUUCCUAGCGGCGAAAGCUUCGUGAAAAAUUCCAUGAAAUUCGGACGAGCGUGACGCUGGAGACGCGGAACCCGGCGAUGCUCUGACGAUGAUCGCGAAGCGAACGUCGAUUUAGCUUAGCAACAAAAAAAAAAGUAAUAAUAAUAAUAAUUCUCUGUCGUUGUAUUUUCUCUCGACUUCUCGAAAUUCGCUCUCCGACAGGGGAACGAAAACGAAGAGAUCGUAACGGAGAGAGACCGCGUUGCAUUCGAAACGGAAAGAAGAACACGGUGCAAAAAGUACGUGAAGAAAUUCGUAUUCGCGCGUAAUAAGAUGAAAAAAGAAAAAAAAAAGAAAAAGAAGAAAAAGAAAAAAUUACGUAGAGAUGUUUUUAUGAUUAACUGAUUUAAUUGAUAGAAUAUAAACGAGGUUUAGGCUAGUCGCAGUGACAGGAGUACGAGUAACAGGGACGACAACAGGGAGGGGCGAACGAACGCGUAAAUGCACGAGAUAAUUUUAAACGAACUUAAACCGAGCACCGGCGAUUUUUAUUAUUUCGCAUCGACGGGAAUGAACCGUUUCGAAGAGACACAUUCAUUAGAAUUGGGAAUAGAAUCGAUAUGACAAAUUAUUAUGAUCAUCGAGUAAGGAGGGAAAGGUGGGGAGAUAUAUAAAUUGAUAUGAAUAAGACGAAAAGACUAAACGUUAAAAGUAGAAGAAGAAGAAAAAGAAAAAAAGAACAAUCCAUGCCGGUGCGUAACUAUAUAAAGUAGAUUAUAUUUAAAAAAAACAUAUAUAUAUAUAUAAAUAUAUAUAUAUGUAUAAUUAUAUAAAAUUAUAUGUAUAUAUAUUAGGCAUAUAAAAACGAAAGACGGAUGUUGGCGCGAUUAAAAUUGCGUAAGGAAUGUGUGACAGAGGGUUAGACACCCACGCCUCCCUUAUUCCACUUGUACCCGACCUAUUGCACACGACACUCGCGCGCGUACUCAUUCAAACACACACAUACACACACACACACAUAGCAUAUCCUUUAUACGAUGUAUUACACCCGUUUUCACACGUUGUACAUUAUCACGUACACGCAUAUGAACACAAGCAAAUAGGGAUUUGAAUUCAUUGCAGAUGUUUACAUAUGUGUUCUCUUAAUAUGAACGUUUUCUUUUUUUUUCCCUCCCCCAACCGGUAUAUAAAUGGUGAUGUAGAUAAUUUACCGUGUAAUGAUUAUUAUAAUUAUACAUAUACGUCUCGAGUGGUAGCGAGCCCUUGUAAGUUAACCUAAUUACUUUCUCACCCUUACUACCACUAUAAUUAUCGGUAUUACGUGCACUAUUAUUAUUGAAAUUAUUAUUAUUAUUAUUAUUAUUAUUAUUAUUGAUAUUAUAUUAUUAUUAUUAUUAUUAUUAUCAGUACUAUUAUUAUUAUGUUAUGUAUAUUAUAUGACGAUUUUGUUUAAAUCAUGAUUAUUAUAAUGAUUAUCGGUAGUCAUUGAUUUAAUUUGUUUGGAUUUAUGUAAUUAAGUUGUUUCAACGCGAUGUUUCCCUGUUCGUGAUUUCCCCUGCCCCCUAUUAAUUGCGUUCGUCAUUUUUAUUCUCCCCUUUUGCGUUAAGACGAAACAAACCCUUGUCUCCGCUCUCCACGUCCUCCUCCUCCUUUCUUAUUCAAUAAUAAUGUUUUCAUUAUUAGUUAUUAUUGUAUUUAGUUAUUGUAUCACGACGAUCAUUAUCCUUUAUUAUCAUUAUUAUUACGAUUAUUAUUAUUAUUAUUAUUAUUAUUAUUAUUAUUAUUAUUAUUAUUAUUAUUAUUAUUAAUACGAUUAAGUACGAGUUACACAGUGUGUAUAUGGCAGAGAGGAAAAGAGGAAAUAAAAAAAAAAGAAAGAAAGAAAGAAAGAAAGAAAGAAAGAGACACACGUACGUACACGUAUACAUUAUACACACACGUUUCUGUAAGCGGUGAGUCUUAACCUAGUCACAAGUCAUUAAUGUUUUAAUUUUAAUCGAUCGAUUUAUUGAUUAUUAUUUUAUUUAUUAUUUACGAAGAAUAAAAACGAACUCACAUUGGACUCUAAGUUGUCUCCUUUUACUUUUUUUUUCUUUUUACCGGGACACCGUUUUUAUUUCAUUUCACGCGUUACCUCAUUCCCUACAUAGAUAGACAGCCAUUUCACCAUCACUUAUAUAAAUUAUCACCGUUAUAGAGUACGCGAUACAUCCUGUUCUCGCCAAAAAAAAAAAAGAAAAAAAAAAAAAGAAAAAAAUUCAAAUCCCUCACACCGAGAACCGAAUAGAUUCGAAUGGAACACCCUGCGAAUCGUCUCGAGCUCAGAAACACAUUCGACUGCCGCGUACCCGGCCUACCUUCGAUCCAAAAAUUGCCGAAACGAGUCUGAAACGUCUCGCGAGGAGCACGAACGGGCGACGCGUCUCAGCCGGAAAGUUCAAACGGUCGAGCUCGCGACCGAGACUAAAGAAAAGAUAUUGAAUAGAAAUAAAGUGAAACAAAAUAAAAGAAAAAAGUAGAGGGAGGUAGGGGAAAAAGAAAUACUAGUCUAUUAAUUGUAAUUUAAAUGAGGGAAUAUGAAAAAAUUACGGAAAUUUUUCAGUGGCCUAAAAUUAGCAUCUCCUUCGGCGGUGGCCUAAGAUUCUUUUGGUCUAAAAAGAAAAAAAAAAAGAAAAAAAGAAACAAAACGUUUACGUUCGGGUAAGGAAGGCAAGGAAGAGUGCAAGAUUCGUUCCACGGGGGAGGGGAAGGGGUUUUCGAAACGACGAUUACGUACCUGCUGCAGUCGCGACGAUUUCGGAAUCUCGAAACUCCGGUUUCGACGGCACGCGUCGCCCUCGUCGUGCUCGUUCGGCGCUCAGUUCCUACGCUACUCGUUACGAUCAGCGACGACAACAUCAUCAUUCGCCAGGGGAAAUAUAUAGCGGUGAAUCUCGAGGAUGAUUUUAAUCUACCAAUGCGCGAAGCGAUAAAGCGCGGAACAGCAGAGCGCACGAUAGUUGCAGUGGUAUCCAACGCUGCGCUGAUCCCGCGCGUUUGCGCCUCAAACAAAAAAAAAAAAAAAAUACCGAUCCGUUGAAAAAUAUUCGACGUAAAAACUUUUCGUCGCGUUUCAUCGUUAACACUUACGUCUAAUAACUUGGUUGUUUAUAAUAAUAGGUACUAAUAACUAGUACGUCGAACGCGAGAUUGGAAAUUGAUGAAUGAUUUAUCAGGCAAAGCCGAUAAAUGAUUAAUUCGAUGCAAUUGUUAGGUGAUCGAAUUAUUGCGAUACGAAUUAUAAUAAUACACGGAUCGAGGGAUGAGAUGCACGGAUCUCUCGGUCUCUUUUUUAAAUUUAAAGGAAAAAAAAAAAAAGAAAAAAGAAAAAAAAAAGAAAAAAAGGAUCCUGCAGAUCGAUUAUUUUUUUACGAUGUCUUUAUUUGAAAAUUUUUCUCAACGAUUUUAACGAAUGUGGAGGCUUAUUAUAUAUAGGGAUCUCAAUGAGGAACAUUAUAACUCCAUUUCGCAAAACGCAUUCGUGGAUUAAACUGAGCUCGCUACUACGCUACUACUUGCGUAUAGAGCGUUACGCGUCAACAUCUUUCUCGAAAAAAAAAAAGAAGAAAAAACGGAGCAUCCUCCUCGUAAUCAUUUAAUGAACAUUUAACUGCCACGUAUACACACAUGAUUAAUCAAAAAGGGAAAAAAAGAAAAAAAAAGCAAGAACCAAAAUUGAAAACGUUUAAUCUAAUAAUCAAAUCCGCGUAAAAAGAAAAAAAAAAGAGAAACAGAGAAAAGAACAAGCACCCUGAUACUCUACCAUUGUUGCGACAAAGAAUAAGCCAGCCAACCGAUAAACAGAAAGUAGUAAUCUGAGGGAAACAGGACAUCACACCGACACGACCAAUAGCAUAUUAACACAAUUUGUUGAAAAAGCUAAAAAAACCGUACUCAAGUGAAGCUUUCAAACGCGAAAGCUCGGCCAUUUACCAAUCACACGCUUAGGAAACAUGCCAACAGUUGACCGACAACAGUAUAUCGAAACCGGGACGAGAUCCAUUUCCAAAAAAAAAAAAAAAAGAAAAAAGAAAUAAAAUAGAAAAAUCCCGAGUCGUCCUUCUCAUCGCAGCAUACACGCAGGCUCGCCACGUCGUUCGUGGGCUUUCUGAAUAAUACGAAAAAGAAAAAGAAAGAAAGAAAAAAGAAGCAGAUCGAACAAAUCGGAAACAAAGAUUGAAACAAAGCGAUAAAUCUCCGUUAACCGAGGAAAGCACAACCGUCGAAGCCUAAUUCUCUAUCCGAGCUAAGCUAAUUUUCGAUUUCUUUCUCCGUCGACCGAGGAUCGAGGGGUCCCGGCGCGAAGGACGAACCGCCACGGAUCACGCAAACGAAUCGCGAACACGCGCUCAAGAAAUGAAAAAAAAAAAAAAAAAGAACUUUGAAGACGAGAACACACAGCGAGGGAGGGGAAAAAAAGAAAGAAGAAAAAACGGAGCCGAAACCCGCGUCCUUCUCGUCUCUCGUCGCGUCUUCCCCCCGUUCGAACGAUCGAGAUCGUGAAUCCUCUCGCGGGUAGCGCGGGCCAACGAUCGUUCGAGCGUGCGUGUGUGGAUCGCGAUCGCGCGAUUGCCCAUGGAAGCUGUCCGAGAGAAGGGAAACGGAAGGGAAAUGAAAAACGCUCGAGACUGGACAGAACGAAAGGGAUUCCCUGUGCCGACGAAACAAUUCACGGACAAGAGAGCCCGCGCGAUUCCUGUUCGAGGUACGAAUAUGUGGAUGACGAGAUUGUGAGGAAACGAAAAAAAAAAAAAAAAGAAAAAAAGAAAAAAAUGAGAAGAAAAUGAAGGAAGAAUGAGGAAAAUGGAGGGAAACGAACGAAAGCCGAUCGACUCGCCGUUAUUACGUUUUGUGGAGUGGGGCCGUAAGCACGGAGAACGAGUACACGGGACGAAACGAGAGGAUUUUCAAGCACGAAGAGAAGAAGGGGAAAUUUGCAAGAGAUAGAAGAGAAGGGAACGAGCGAAUUGUUUUUAAUAAAUGAGGUGAAGGAAGGAAGGAAAAUAGAGAGAGAGAAAGAGAGAGAAAGUAAAGAGGGAUGGAAAAUGGAAUAAUAAGCAUACGUACACAUACCUAAACGCGUAAGUUUUAAGGAAACACGUGUAAGCAGAAUUAAGUAAUAGUAUUUAACGUUAACACUUGCAAGCUAUUAAUUAUUAUAUAAACGAUUAAACUAAACGGUAAUUAAUGCGAGAUAAAAAAUAAAAAAACGUAAAUAUACUUAAAAACAAAAGCCGAGCGGAAGGUCGUAUCACGCUGCAGAGGAAGAGAGGAUUUUUGCGAAUAUGCCGCUCUUUGAAACGGGCGGGCGAAGCGAAAAUAAAAAAAAAAAAAUUGAAAAACAGAUACACACACACACACUAAUAAACUAAUUAUUAUUAUAUGAUUAUAUAUUAUUAUUACGAUUAUUAACUAUCGAGUUCGAGAAUCGUCGUGAUAACAGAAAAAAAAAAUGGUGGAAAAAAAGUGUAAGAAAUUAGAGGAUAGCUGUGAGAGAGUGCGGGCUAAAAAAAAAGGAAAAAAAAUCCGAGCGCAAGAGAGAGAGAGUGAGCACAACGAGAACGUUGGAUGUGCGUGUGCAAGAGAGAUAGAUACAGAGAGAGAGAGCGAAAGAACGAAAGAGAUAUGAAUACCUCGGGAGAGAGAAUGAGAAAGAACGAAAGAAAGUGGAGGCGAGACAGUGAGAAAGAGAGACAGAGAGAGAGCGAGAGAGAGAGAGAGAGAAAGGGAAACUGUGAAUAACUUGGAAGUAUGUUCAUCGAGAAUAAUAAUAAUUCCUCAAACUAUUAGGAGCAUAAUUAGGGUAUAUUUAUUAUAACGAAAUACGCGUUUACGGAAGAUUUACGGUGAUGUAAAUGCAACGCACGCGAAGCAUAGGGUGAAAAGUGUGCAAGCGAGAGAAAGGAGAAUAAUAAGGGAAGAUAUAUAUAAAAAAAAAAUCGUGUUUUUUUUUCUUUUUUCUCCGUAAAGUCCGCGAACGGGUGCGGGUAAGCGCGCGCGAUAUUAUGGGAAAAAAAAAAUAUAUAUAUAUAUAUAUAUUAGUUUAGGAAGAGAAAAAUUUCGUGUGCUUUUUUUUCGAAAAGUUGCGUACGACUGAAUAAAAUUAGCGCGAGAGGGAGAGAAUGUGGGGAAGAAUACGGAGAGAGGGGGAGAGAGGUAGCGAGUGAAAACGCGGACAGAGUGAUAGAUUUAUUUAGAGACGCGAGUUGCUAAGAGUUUUUAAAUGCGAGGGAGCGCGUGCGUAAGGAAUCUAAAGAGAGGGGGAAAAAAGACAAUUUUAAAAAGUGAAAUAAAUGAAGAUGAUUAAAGGGAGAGAAAGAGAAGGAGAGAAAGGGAGAGAAAGAGAGGGAGAGAGAGAGGGAGAGAGAGAGAGAGAAAGAGAGAAAGCGAGAAAUAAGAGGGGAAAAAGAGAAAAAAAUUACUGAUCGUUGACACCGAGUGAGCAAACUUUCUGUGUGAUAAUCUCGUAGUACACGUAGCGCGUUAAGUCUACAAUACGUUUCGGUAGGGGAUUUUUAGGUGAGAGCGACUAAAACUUUUUUAAGAAAAAGAUAAAAAAAGAAAAAAACAUAAAAAAAAGUCGGACGAAAUGAGAAAUUAACGCGAGGCGAAGGAGACGAUAACGUCGAGACCUACGAUCGGGAGAAUUUCGAGAGGUGUUUGCUUCCUGAAUUUUUGAUGAUUUCCUUAUGAAAAAAAAAAAAAAAGUAAAAAAAGAAAAGAAAGGAAAAAAGAAAGAAAGAAAGAAAAAAUUCAUCGGUGGAUUUGGAAACUUACUUAUCACCGAUAACCUACAUAUCAUCGCGUGUAUCUUAUUAUCGAUUCUCUGUCUGUUGAUUGGUUACAGGGAACUCGACGACGCCGUCGAUUACUCCGGCUCGUCGAUUUAACGUAGGCAAUUAGUUCUUUGAUUUGGGGGAGUAGACAUGUGUUAUUUAUAUACGCUGUGGAAAAUUACUCGUCCUCGACUGCGAGAUACGAGGCGAUAUUUUCAUCCGUUUCAUUUACAGGAAAGCAGAAAAAGAUAAAAAGAAGGCAGUCGAUCACUCCUGCCUCGAACGCAUAGAUUCGAUCCCUCGCAGGCCGCGAUGUUCAAAGACGUGGUUCGGUUCGAUGUUAAUGUAAAUCGUUUCACGUCCUAUGUUGAUGAUUUCUCGUUAAUCGUGCAAUAGCUUUCGUUCUACUGCGAAUGAUAUAAUAAUAUUUCGCUCGUUUCCUGAUCCAGGGUUGUUUGUUCAAAGGACAAUGACGAGCAGAUUCAACGUUGAGAGAAAAUUUUGCAAAAGAUAAAAGAGAGAAAAAAAAAAAGAGAAACGAGAAAUGAAGGGACUAAGAUCGAGAAGAAUUAGUUUCUAAUGUCUUUGGCGCAAUUUUUGAAAGGAAAAAGGAAAAAAAAAGUAUCUAUUUCGCGGACAGUGUGAAAGGGAGGGAGAGAAUGUGGCAGGGAGAAAGGACGAACGAGCGAGUGUGAUAUGAAAAAAAAAAAAAUUCGUAGAGGUAGCGAAAAUUCUAAAUUAAAGUUCCUAUCGCUUCGCCUUCUAGCCUGAACGUCGACAAGCGGCCUUUAAAUAAACAACCCUCCGGUCCCACACGACUACAUCAAUUGCCGUUGAACUACCUCGAAUUAUAAAAACCACUGACGGCACUCCCCCAUCGACCUAAAACGGCCUGCAAGGGGUUGACUCGUCCCUCCACGAUCCCUUUUCUUUCUGUCCUACCCUGCCAACAACCGAGCACACCUUUUCAGUGUACAGAUCACGAAACGAGAGGCUGUCGAUACUCCAGCUCUCGAAACCGGCUGAAAACUCCUCGAUUAAUCCCACGGUCACGCGAUCCCUCGCGAGCCUCGGAUCCCGGCUAAGUCGAUGGACGUGAAUUUCCCACCUCGAAUCAUCGAUCAUUUGUAAAAAAAAAAAAGAUAAUAAUAAUAAUAAUAAUAAAUCGAGCGAAAACCUCAGACAUCUCUGAGACGUCUGAGUUGCUAAUGUGUGCCUCGAACGAAACCUCUCGAGAUUCCGUGAAACGAUCGAGGAAUCCGUUCAAGUCGGGGAAGGUGGGUGGGUGGGCGGGGUCAGGGAUGGGGGUUUAAGGGGAUAGAGAUGGAGACCGACGAAAUUUUGGGAAUGGUGUAGAAGCGUGUAGGGAGCCAAGUGUCCUUGAUGCGACCGUCGUUGAAGCCACGAAAUCUCGCGAUCUCAACAGGUGAUUUUUUCGAACAGAUUAAGGGAGUAGAAAUAUGGAAGGGAGAGAGAGAGAGAGAGAGAUAGAAUCGAGAAAUGUUACCAGCGGGCGGGUGACAAGCAGGCGUCGAGAGAAACGAGAGAAAGAUCAAGGGGAAAAAAGUCACGACUGAGAAGAAAUCCAUGCGAAUUGCGAUUUCGGAACUGAGUUCGGAGCCACGGGCGAUAGACGUUCGGCGUAAACCGAUCCUAGUUGAGCGUGAGAGGGAGAGAGAGGGAAGUAGCGAGCGAGUAGUGAGGCAGAAAGGGAGAGAACGACGACGAGUGACAGAUAUAAAGAUGAACGAAAGUGGGAACGAGCGAGUGCCAAGGAGCGAUUGAGACAUGAUUCGAGCGAGUGCGUUGAAGAAAAAUUGAAAAGAGAAAAAAAAAUUAAAAAAAAAAAGAUGAGAAAAAAUUAUACAGAGAGAGCCGACCUCCUUGCCUACCGGGAGGUCCGCAUAUAUAUUAAAGAAAAAGAGAAAAAAACUAGUAAAUGAUAAAAGAGGAGAAAGGAGAGAGAAAAAUUAGGAGAGAAAAAGAGGAGAAAAAUUAUUAGACCAGUUUGUAAGUGUAAGUUAUAAAACGAGGAAUUUUCUCCCCCCACCCAUUUCGUGCACGAUACUUUUGGCAAUUCUUUCGCGAGCGAGAAUGCGAUGGAGAAAUAACUAUGUGUGUGCAUUUUAUGUGCGAAAUUAUAUGUGAAUAAGAGGAAGAGAGAUUACGUGAGAAAGAAAGAAGAGAGAGAGAGAGAGAGAGAGAGAGAGAGAGAGAGAGAGAUGUGUGUAUAAACGGUGAGAAUGUGAAUGAUAGAUCUCUUUAAUGAAAAAUGGGGGAAAAAAGAGGAGAGGAGAGGAAUGAAAAAUAGAGGAGAAGAAGGAGAAGAGGACGGGAUUUUAAUGGCCCAUUAUUACAAGUCCGUCGUCCGACUCAGUAGCGCUAUCGAGAAGGACAUAAUCGAUUGCAAAGAGGCAGGCAAUACACACAAAGCACCAUGUAUGACAGGUACUAAAAGUGUCACGAUCCAUCCAACCCUUCAACCACCGAGUGUGAGAGCAACGAAUGACUAGAGAAAGUGUGAAUCUUAAUCGGAUCUUGCUUGCCAGUGGAACCAACAUUCCGACCCCUCCGUUUUAAUUUCGAAAAAAUAAAAGGAAAGGAAGAAAAAUGUCAAUUAUCCACCUGUAACAUAGUGUUGCAACAGCAACGGAAUAUAUAAAAUCCUUCGAAUUUCGGUUGUUAAAAAAUCCUUCAUUCCAGAAAAAAAGAUAAAAAGAAAGAAAGAGAGGAAUAAAUAAAUAAAUAAAUUAAAAAAGGAAAAUUAUUCGAAAAUAUGUUAUUCGUUAUUCGAAACAAUUGCAAUAUUAUGCUUCAUCGUUUCCAUAGAAUUUUUGAAGAGAGGAAAGAAGAAAUCGAGGCGAUUCCGUUGCGAGAAUCUUCCCCCCGACUUUCUUAUCUAACGAUCUUCCAAAACCAAAGGAAAUGAAACCAAAAGAAAAAGAAAAAAAAUAAAGGAAGGAAAAGAAAAAUAAUUAAAAAAAAACCCGACGUUACGUCCCGAAACUUCUAAUUUAUCGCGUUACGUCUGAUAUCCUUCGUCUGUGAUUGAAUCGAGGAGCCGGGAGAGGGUGGUGAAUGAUACGUGCGUGUACCCGAGAAGAGCACACACGAGGAUGAAUAGAUGAGAAAUUAUGUUUAAAAUAAUGUCUGUAAUUUCUGGCAAAAUAUAUUAUUACUUGCGCAUACGUCUCAGCCAAGCAAGUCGUGUUAGGUUAUACGUAUUAUUGUGUAGGGAAUCGUAGGUGUAUUAAGGUAAACAUUAACAUAAACAUAAAACAUUAAACAAAUAAACAUAAACAAGAAAGCUAAACGAACGAAAAAAAGUGUGAAACAGAAAUGUAAAACAAAAUGGGAGAGAAGAAUUAAUAUAGCAAAGAGGGGGAAAAAGAAAAAAAAAGAAAAAAAAAAGAAACAAACUCAAACAAAGAAUAUAUAUUAAAAAAAAAAAAAAUAGGAAAAAUGAAGGGAAAUAAAGAGGAUAGAAACUCUUAUUUAUUAAACGAAACAGAAGCGGAAGACAAACGGUAGAAGCGAAGCGACAAGAAUACAAAUGAAAAAAAAAAUAAAAUAAAAUAAAAUAAAAUAAAAUACCUACGUUGAUGUGUGAGGAUGUGAGCUAGAUCGCCGCGUUGAGUCCAAUGAAGUCCUCAGAGAUAAUAUAGAAGCAGACCCUCCGCAGAUUGAGGUGAAACAAAGGGACGCGAACCUGGGCCAUCGUGCCGGCCAUCUUUGUCGUUCCGCGAUACGUGCGUCAGGGGUUUAUAUAGUCUUUAAAGUAUCACGCCAAAGACAGACAAUACUUUGAUAAAAAAAUAAAUGUUAGUCGUUAAAUUUUGUCGAAAAAAAGCCUGAUCGAUCGUGGACGCGGCUCCGCGGAAAAGGAAACAAACUUUCGAGCAGAAAUAUUUUUUUCGAAAGGUGUAUCCGAUAGUCGACAACAGGGGAAAAAAAAUAAAAAAAAAAAAUAAAAAAAAAAUAAUAAGCGAAAUCACGGAACGACGAACGAUGAUGCCGGCCGAAGGCCCGGUCAGCUGGAACGUCUUGUAAAGAAUAUUGUGGGAAUUGUUUUUCUGCGCUCCGACCGGCUCGAGGUUAUCGAGCCAAGUCGAGGCAACCUGCUCACGCAAGUACAUUUUAAGCUUCGCGCCUCUGUCUCCGUUUCCUUCUUAACGAUAUCGAUUGUUUGAUACAGUUUAGUACAGAUUAUCAAUACAGAUUUUCAACAAGAUCUCGAAAGGAUCGAUUCGUGGACUCUUCUUCGUUUGAUCUCGAGCGAUUUGAUCGAGCGGGAUAUAUUUUAGGUUAAAAAGAUUUAAAAAAAUAAAUAAAAAAAAUUAGAUUCUCUUAGUUUCUCAAAAUACAACUUUGGCAAGCGUGAUAUAAAAAUUUUAUAGUUUUGUAAAAAAUAUAUGUAUAUAUGUGUCAAAUGGCUGGAUUCGUUCAAAGAUAGUUGGAAUUUAACAUUGUUACAUCGAAUAAUUGUAGGACAAAAGUCUCCACGAUUGUAUCGCUCGAGUAAUUUAUUACUCCAUUAAUAUCUUCAUUUGCAAUAGCAUUUCUCGAUGAGAGAACGAUCGCCAGAGAAGGUCGUGCAUACUCCGACCUCGCGAUAUCCCCCUCCCUCCACGCGAUAUCCAUACGAAACACGAGACAGAGGUGUCCUGGCUAACCAACCUGCCUACUUUCACGCAUUACGAUAUUUGAUAUACUAUACCACCACUUUCGACACGAGGACGAGUUUUUCCUUUCGCACGUUUUACCGACGUUUUAAUAAGUUCGCUUUCGACACGAGAAGUUUCGGAUUGAUUCAUUGCUGUCCUAGGUUGCGCACAAGACGACACACAAGAGACGUGGCGCGGGGGGAUGUUCUGGGCAUCGUUCAUCGUCGAUGCAUGGGAUGCAACGGUGGUAAGGAACGUUCCCUCGCGGCAGAGAUUAAAUGAAAAUUCCGUUUUUCGGCAAACACCAAAAAGAAAAACUCAGCUCGAAUGGCUUAUGGGAACGCGGCCCGUCCGUUGAACAGCGGCCGCGCUUCCGUGACCGAUUCGUGCCACACAACAGAUAAGUGUUCGUCAAGGCGGCGUACUACUCGAUCGCCUAGCGGCACACCCACACACACGCGUACAACGACACACCGUGGAUACACACGCGAAUAGUAAGGGGGACACACAUACACGCACGCACGCACGCAUGCACACACGGGACACAACACGAAGCGGACACACACGACGCUGAACACUUACACCCAGACACAAUUACACGCAGUUUCGGCCAGAAUCUAAAAGACACAUCAAGGAAAAAAGUACAAGUUUAUCACGUUGCGCCUUAAUGUUAAAAUUAAAAGUUGAUCAAAAGAGUGGAAGAUGAAAGAGAAAGAAAGAAAGAAAGAAAGAAAGAAAGAAGAAGAAAAAGAAGAAAAAAAAAUAAUAAUGCGAAGCGUAUUCUUAACCAAAAUCGGCCUUAGUAUAUACAUUUUUUCCGGGGCCGUACGGCGACGAACGACGAGCGACCCUCCCACGCGUCCUGCCCUUCUCCUCCUCCCUCGCACCCCCAAAGAAAAGAUCCCCAUUUCUCUAGAUUAUAAGAUUUCUCUAGAUUAUAUCUAUAAAAAUGAUAUAUUAUAAAUAUAUGUAUACAUAUAGUAUAUAUCCGCCGGCGGCGGGACGUUUCGAAACCUCGCAGCUAACUCAGCAAACCACCAAAAAAAAAAACUAUCGAAAGAUUUAGGGAGAAUGAAGGGAGAGAAAGGGAGGGAGAGAAAGGGAGAGAGAGAAAGAGAGAGAGAGAGAAAGAAGAAGAAAAAAAAAUAGUCUUCUCAGUUCCCGCCGCGUCUGGCAGGAUUCGAAAUUCUUACGGUUCGCGUCCACGUUGAACGAGGACAAGGUCGAGGGUGGUGCACAAGCGAAUUCGCCGCGAUUAGGGUGCGACGUGGACGCGAGACCUGUCUUUCAAAGUCCCUCCUUGAACGCCGGAAGGUCGUCGGUCGAUCGUCUCGCGGCCCGAACAACCCCUGCUCCAGCAAACCCCACCCCGCGACAUUUGUCCCUCCAGUGCUACCCAUCCCCAAAACCCUAAAAAAAACCUAGAGAAAAGGGAAAGAAAUAAGGGAAAAAUUUAAACACGCCAAUUUAUUAAUAUCCCAGCCUCCUAAGAUAAUAAAAAAAAGAAAAAGAAUUCCAAUCCUUAUCCGCUCGAGAACGAAGAGCACAAAAGAGAAGAAAAACCAAAGUUAAGAGUGGAAAUCAUCCGUGAGGAGAGAGAGAGAGAGAGAGAGAGAGACGUUUCCUUUCUCGCGUUAGAGAAGAAAAACACUUCCUGCAUGUACGAAGCAAAAAAAAAAGAAAAUAAGAUCUUAAAAAAAAUAAAAGCGACGACGCGAGUGGACGGGUCACCCGAAAUUAUUCUAAGGACUCUCGUCUUCGGGCGGGAAUGCAGGUGGAUUAAUGAGGACGAUGGUUAACAAUGACGAUGGCGGUGCUACGAGAAAAAAAAAGAGAGAGAGAGAGAGAGUGAGAGAGUGGUCGGAAGACGAGGAUAUAGAAUAAUUGCGAACGGAAGAAACGAAUAUUAAGAACAAGGACAUUGGGAAAAUAAUUGAUGGACUCGAUUGUCGACUCGCUGUUUCCCGCGGCCGGGACGAGGGAAAAUUCGCCGAAAAUCCGAGAGAAUCGAAAAACUUGCAAUAAGGAAGAGACAGAGGAAGAGAGAAAGGAAGAAAGCGAGAAAGAGAGAGAGAGAGAGGAAGCGAGAUCAAAAGGAAGAUUUCAAAAUGUUGAGGAGGGAUCGACCACGUAUUAUCUCGUCGCGUAGAUCCGCGGUAUUCUUUGCCAUCCGUUUUCAUUUUACUAACUAACCCGAUAUUUCUCCGAGAUACUCGACCAAGACUCGAAAACGAAGAGGGGCGAGGAUCAAUUCGUCGUGUUUAACUACGGUGCCCGUUAUGGGCGAAUUCGAACACACGAUGCUGCGCAUCGGUGGACGGCUGAGCUCGCGACACUGGGAGCAACAACUUUAGGCACGAGGAGAGAGAAAGAGAGAGAGAGAGAGAGGAAAGGAAAAGAAAAGAAAAGAAAUAAAGAAACCAUAGAUGAGCAUUAUAAGAAGACUUAAGUUACGUUCGAUCUACCGAAACAUUGAGGAUCAAUUAUGUGUUCCUUUUGAUAUAAGUUCAAUAUAUACAUGUAUGUACAACUGUUUGGACGAUAGAAAUUAAGAAGAAAAAAAAAAGAUGUAUAUACCUUAAUAAAUAUAUAUAUAAAGAGAACGUUUUCAUCAAAUAGCGAAUAUUCAGGAUCACCGUACGAGAAAGUAAAUUCAAAAUUCCUUUUUACCGAGAGAAGUGAACUAUCGAAGUGAAUAAAAUAAAUAAAUAAAUAAAUAAAUAAAUAAACGAAUAAAAGAGAGAAAAAAAAUAAAUUACAGCUUUUGUAUCCCCGUGUUCGUUUGUAGUCACCUUACUCGGCCGAUCUCAUCGGUCAUGUCCGCACAUUUGGGCCAGCUCGUCUAACUCACGUACCUAUUCGUUCACGAAUAUCGACGGCCGAGAAAAAUCAAGCCGAGAAAUUGAAAGCAAAAAAAAAAAAAAGAAAAAAAAGAAAAGAAGAAAAAAGAGAGAUAAAAAACAAGAAGAGUACACAAGUGUCAAGGAACGAUCGUUUCGGCAGACUUCUGGUUUAAAACGUUUAAAAAUUCGUCACGGAUGCAAGUACGCGCCGCUCCACCGACGCGCGCGUACCGUUCAUAAACAGGAUCCCAUAGAAACCCGCCUUGAACCCUCUGAUUAACACGCGACGAUCCAACAGACCCGGCCCAAUCCGACAGAUAAUGCAGUUAAACCGUUCGAAGGAAGCAACGCUGGAUACACGAGACAGAGUCUUUUUUACAGCCAAGCAUCAACGACCACGCAUUUCUAACAAUAAAUAAAUAAACGCGAAUGCAUCACAGCCUACACACCACACCGCAAUACAGUGAACCGUGACAACGUUCAAACGUUCUAGGAGAAUGCGAUCAGCCUCGACGACGCGUAAUGCCCCGCAAAAAAAAAGGGAAAAAGAAAAGAAAAAAAAUACCAAAAAAAAAAAAAAAAAUAAUGGAGAAAAAAUAUAACGUAGAGCGUCUCGGGAUCUCCCUUCGAUAAACACACAACAGUUAAAAGUUAAGGAAACAAAGUAAUAAUGAAAAAGGAAAAAAAAUAAAAUAAAAUAAAAUAAAAUAAAAUAAAAUAAUAAUAAUAUACGAAAGAAGUAUACGAGAGGCAAGAAAUAAACUCGAUCUUCUUCGAUUAGUCUUCAGUGUACAUAGUAACGAUAUCACCGGUAGAUAAUAAUUCAGGCAGGCAAUAAUCGCAGGGACAAUUAUUGCUCGUUCGUCCGAUUCGUCGAUAAUGUGGACGAGGAAUAAUCAUUGUAAGGAGCGAUAAUAACGGCGUACCGACGGUAAUUACCGAGGACGAUGGUGUCGGAUGCAGAUGCUCCCCGACGCUGAUCGAUAAAGGCAGCUUAAUAUUUCGUCGAUACCUUUACUGGAGGGUUAUCAAGAACUUGUUGAUUUCCGUUCGCACAGUACCACGCACCAAUUUUUACCAACGAUCGUUUUUUUACAGUGCUAAACACAGUGAACACGUCGAACAGAUCGACGCCGGUUUUCUUUUCUCUCGCGACAAACCUCUGCCAUUUGAUUCGUUUACAUAUUCCGGAACCUGUUGUCGCAACAACAAGACAGAGAAACGAUUUAAUCGUUUGAGUUGAAUUUCUACACAGAUUCGUUUACAGGCAAAGUUGAGUCGAGACCAAAUCGACUACCGGUUUUCAUUUAUCUACCACGAAACGCUGACCCAGCGUUUAAUCGUUAACAAGAUUUUCCUUUUCAAUCGAUAAUCUCGAUCUAUAGUUUCUUCCUUUACGAUUUCGACGCGCGACAACGGUUUACAACUUCUUCGCGGUUGAGCCAGAGAUGCAACGAGAGGACGAGAAGAAGGAAAAGUUCGAUCGUUGAAUCCUGGGAGACAGAGAGAUGAAAAUAUGUAGGAUCCAACAGGAUAACCGAACAGCUUAACCAACGUUUAAUAUAUUUGAAACAUAGUUCUCGAAUAGAAUAGGGCCACACAUCUCACGACUCAUUUCUGACGGGACAGCAUUACGAAUCGAAGCGGCGAGCAUCGUACUUCCGGCGAUCGAUCCGCGAUCAGGAUGCCGUGAAUAUUAUAUACGAGACGCCCUCCCCCCCCCCCGUGAAACCAGAUGAUUAUAUAUAAAUCGUAUCAGGAACGAAGAGUACAGCCACGUGGAAUAAAGACACAAGUCGCUGGCCCGGUAUGCGGGCAACGCACGACACCGAAUUCUCGCUUGGAGAGAAGGUAGCCAAAAGCCACUGGAAGCAAAGCGAAUUCUAAUAUGGAAUAUGCACACAAACACACACGUGACACACGUGAGAGCACAACGGAAUAGCGAGAAAUAAGGAAAUAACGACAUAUAGGAACGAAAUAGAAGAAGCAAAAGAAAAAAAAAGAAGAAGAAAAAACAAAUAAGUAAAUGUAAAAUAACAUAGAGAAUGGAAUAUAAAUGGUAAUUUUUUAUACGAACAACAGGCCAUCGAACAGGCAGAGAAGAAGUGUCAGAAGAAAGAGAGAGAGAGAGAGAGAGAAAGGAGGACUUGAACGGACGCGGCGGAAAAUUUGAAAAUUCUCCGCGGCCAUUCGACACUGUGAAACUGUUAUGAAAAAAAAGGAAUUUAACCGAGAAACCCUUGCCACUUGCAAUUCGUUGAAAACGCGACGCGUUGUUCUAAGCAAUUCGCAUAACGUAAUAAUAUAUUAAAAAAAAAAUAUGAAAUUAAUGAAAAACUAUUACUGUGAAAAGUGGGAGCGUGUGUGUUUGAGAGAGAGAACGAGAGCGGGAGGGAGAGAAAGAGGAAAGCGCGAGCGAGAGAGAGAGAGAGAGAGAGAGCGAGAGUAAACGAACGAAAGAUAGAGAGAAAGAGAGGAAGAAAGAGGGAAAGAGAGACAAAUAAAAAGGACACUUGAAAAUAAAGUGGAUAACGAGGAAGAGAGAGAGAGAGAGAGAGAGAGAGAGAAAGAGGGAGAGAAAGGAAGAAGAAUGCGUGAUUUUUUAAGGAUAAACGAAACCAACCAACAAGAAAAAAAAGUCAACGACAGAAAAUAAGCAACAGAAAAAAAACACGAAACAAAAGAAACGAAAAAAAAAAACGAAAGAAAAGCAAGAAAACGAGCAGAAUAAGCAAUGAAGAGAGAAAGAGAGAAACAAAAAAAGGGAGAAAGAAAUAAUGGAGAGAAACAAAAAUUCACGGAAUCACUGGAGAUUCGCUAUUCGACUUUCUGAUUUUUCGCAGAUUUUCGCGCGGGACAACAGGUGCGUCCCCUCCGAGAUCCCAUCCCGCCCCCGUAACCACCGCUGAACAAGAUAAACAAAGAUAAGAGCCACCACCUUCCACCCCCUCGGUAAAUCCUUCCCAAAUAACAGGAAAUAAGGUUUGCUUCCAAAAAAAAAAAUAAAAUUAAUAAUAAUAAUAAUAAUAAUACUAAUAAUAAUAAUAAUAAUAAUAAUAAUAAUAAUAAUAAUAAUAAUAAUAAUAAUAAUAAUAAUCCGUACGCGUUAUCGAAAUCUAAUAAAAAAAAAACUAUAAACUACCUAACAAUAAUUAUUAAACGAUAAAAGGGUUAAGAGUAUUGAUUAAUUGAAUUAUACCUAACGAUUAAUUAAAAGUAAUUAAUAACUAAUAAUACUUAUAACGAUAAUACGAUAUAAUGAUAUAUAGUAUAAACGGUACGAGGACAACCCGAUAAAAACAUGGCGGCUAACAAACAAUCCACCGAGACGAAGCGAUCCGGCCUAGAAAAAAAAAAAAAAGAAAAAAGAAAAAAAGAGAAAUCGGUCGUCCGAAUGAGGCGGUGCCGAUCGAGCGUGACGUUUUUUUUUCUUUUUCUCAAGAAACAAAGAAGAGAACAAAGGAACGAACAAACGAAACAAAACGGAAACAAAACGAACGAACGAACGAACAAAAGAAUAUAUAUAUUUCAUAUACAUAUAUAUACAUAUAUAUAUAUAUAUGUUUAUAUGUGUGUGUGUGUAUGUAUAUGAAAAAAAAAAGAAACAAAAAGAAAAAGUCUUUCCUUCGCGAACGAUCGCGCUCGAGUUCCCUCGUUUGAGUAGUUUCUUCGACUCGGGACAAGGCCGAUGCCGCGACGCCUUCCCCGACGUCGGCGUCGCGUUCCCCUCACGUCGGAUUCCCUCUCGUCGAGGUGGUCGUUUCUUACCCAUCAUUUAUACGCUAGCUUGUAACUUGAGACUUAAGUAUAAUUGAAAAAAAAAAAGAGAAGAAGAGGCGAAAGAUACACAUGCAAGAGGAGAGAUACACACUCACAUGUACACACAUUAAACAAGCAUUAAUGAUACCUAAUGAUAUAAUUAUAUUAUUGAUAUAACUUACGAUUAUGAACUAUCCUAGUGGUAUUAUAUGACGACAUAGUUGAUUGAUCUGUUUAAUAUUGAAUGUCUGUAGAUCACGGAGCGUUUGGAACUCUAUGCUACCCGUCGACCAUCCCAUACGGACCCAGCUUUGCUCUCCCUUUCCCAUAACCCAUAAUUCCCCGUUAUUCCCUGACAUACCCUCACAUACCCAACGCCACGCAUACCAACGUCACUACCAACGAUCCAAUCGAAGGAAAAAUGUAAAAAAGGAAACCGCGUAUCACUUGAAACAAUCGUCAACCGAAAAAAAAAAUGUUUCUAUCACGUUUAUAUAUCCUGGAAUUAUAUACACGAUUGGAUGCAACCGUGAAUUAAAGGAUAAAAAAAAAAAAGGAAAAAAAAGAAAAAGGGGGAAAAGAGAAAAAUGCGAAACCACAAAAUUUAAAAUAAAUAAAUAAAAUGCGAGAACGAAGCGAAAAUUAUUCGAAAAUCCGAUCAAAUAUUUGGAUAUUAAUCCCUUUCGUCUAACAAAUGGACCACGAGACAGCUAGAUAGAGCUGUCUAGUCGCGCAAAGGAGGCUAAAUUAUCAAAUUCGAAAUGAAAUAAGAGAGAAAAAAAAAAAGGAAUUUUCGGGCGAACCCUUCGAGGAAUUUUGAAAAAGAAAUCCAAAAUCGACCGUUCUUCUUUCGAGGGUGCGAAUGUUUCAUGGAAGGAUGCGGCAGAAGGCACUCUGCUCUUACAACCGGAUUUCAGUUUCAUACCUUUUAAAACCGUCUCGGUGCCACUGCACCGUACACCACAUAUAGCAAAUAUUACUCGAGGACAACUGGUUUUAAGUUUCGAAUCGAACAGGACGAUGCAAAGUACAACAGUACAUGAGCGCAAUAGCAAUAGAGAGGAGCGCACAGUAUCCUCUCACCCCCGUAUAGCCUUCGUAUAGAGCACAUCCACGUGGAAACGACAGAUCGACACCCGUCUUUAAACGAUCGAAUCGUAGAAUACAAUGAAGAAAAAAAUUCGGUAAAAAAAAUUGCGUCGAGAUCGAUGUAUCAAUAGGAUAAAAUGGAACGAUGUUUUCAAAAAAAAAAAAAGAAGAAAGGAAUAGUAAUAAUAAUAAUAAUAAUAAUAAUUACAAUAACAACAACAAUAACAAGCAGCGGAUAUAAGAUGAAUCUAGUUGACAAUUGAUAGAAUUUUGAAGAGGAAGAAAUCCUCCAGCGCGAUCACGUAUCGUCCACUAAAACAAUAAUAAGGAAGCGAGGCCUAGAAAGGAAAAAUUCCGUGAGAAACUCCUCCAAGCCCUCUGCCUCUGUUUUUUAGAACACGCGUGCAAGACUCGACGUCCAUCGGGAAGAACGGACAACUUCCGGAUUUCGAAACGGAAGUCGCGGUUCAUUGAUUUCGAUCGACGUCUCCGCCCAAUAGGAUUGUUGUGUUUAAGUUUUAUCUAGCAAAUAAACUUUUCUUCGAGGUGCGGUCGAAGUAGAAGAAUCGCGGGUCAUCUUCAAUGAACAAUGUGUUUCCUCUUCGAGAGGAUAUCAAAUCUCGUUCGGAUGGAGAUGAACUUCGAUUCCUCGAUACCUCGACCGUCACGUCGAUCCUUUGUACAUUUUUACCAGUAUGUUCGUUACUUAUUCGAUAAUUGAAUACAAUGCGUUUUUUCUUAUUGACGACGAUUUUAUUGCUAGUAAGUCUUUUCCAAGUCGUCCGUCGUUUCGCGUCCCAUUCUUCUCCUAUUCCGGGAAAGGAAUAUAACGAGACACGAGAUCUGAUCGCGACCACUGAGCCUCACGGUCACGUAGGUGAAUAAAAUAGUUACGUUCUGCCGUUUUGCCUCCGAUUGAUUAUCUCUCGACUGUUGACUCGUUGAAUCGAUUGAGAAUCCCCGAUUCGAGGCUCGAUCGCGAUCAUAGAUCAUCGAUCACCUUGGAAGAGAGAAAUCGGGAGGAGAAUCGGGCGACGACGUGGACGAAAUCCGCGGAAAAAUCGCGGAUCAGAUCCAUCCGGAUGUUAAUUAUAUAGAUUUGACAUCGUUAUAUCAGAGGGUGAUACGGAUAUCAGUUUGGGGAUGAAGCAAAUUAGGGACUAUCUAGGAGCCGCGCUAGGUUUACUCGUGGAACCGUCUUGCGAACGCAUCGAUCGUUCACACCCAAUUUCGCGAUUUCGUUUCAGAUUAAUUCCCGCGCUAUUGUUCGUUUCGAUUGAUCCGGGGCAAACGUUUCAAUCGUGACGAUACACGUGAAACGAUACUUGAUCACGGCGAAUUCUAACGUAGCACGCGGUUGCUUUGCAGACAUGACCCAUGGACGCGGGGUGGGGUGGGGAGUUUGAUCCCCGCGUUCCAGGGUUACCUGUUCAGCGCGGUGUAACGUGAACUUGAUUCUAGACCGAUCGAAGGGUUCCUGUCGGUUCUAUGUGCUUCCGCACUAGUGAGCAAUGUUUCCCCUCUCCGACGAAAUUCUGCAAAGUUCAGAGAAUGAUAAAGAACACGCAUACACACGCGCACGCACACACGAUACACCCACACGUUACACCCACACGCGCGCACACGGCUCGUGUGAGAGCCACACGAGAUUACACGCAGACUCUUCUCGUUAUGAUUCCCGUGCUUCAAGUCCAUGUUAGAACGGUCUGUCCUUGCUAUCCGGCGAAGACCACGUCGGACGACAAACUCAAUCGGUCGAUCGUUCGUCAAAUUCUCCCUGUCUAUCGAUCCACGAAUCGAUAUUUUAAUUUCCGUCGCCCAUCUGGGAAGAUCCAGGAUCGAGAAGCGACAGGUAAAUAAAUGUUUCUUUAACGGUGCCUCGCGAUCGUCGUUGAUACUCCGACCGAUCGUCCCAAACUUAUCAACAAUUCAACAGGUUUUCCUUCUCACCCCUCUACAUACCCUGAAUCAUUUCAUUUGCAGACUUCAAUUGGGUACGAUCCUUCGAUUGUGCCGGUAUCAUCAUUUCGUACACGCUUCUCGAUCUUCGAUCCGUCCUACUACGACGACUAUUUCCGAAUUCGAAUUCCCCACGAAAUUAUCAAUAGAGACGGGACUCCUCGCUGCCCGACAGCGAGAGACGCCUCGUCUGUCUCGCCUGUCUUCGACGCGAUCCCGGUUCUUCGUUUUCGAAAAUAAAAAAAAGGAAAAAUCUCUAAUCGACGACGCGUGAUUAAUCUUCCGUCUUCGAGCGGAUCGCGGAUCCACGGCCGUACCGCAUGCGACUCGAAGCACAAACCACCCCAGAGAGAGUUUGAGUUUAGCCUUGGGCAAGGUCAGGCGAGCGUCGGGCCGGCUCUCAAUUUUGAAAUAGCCAUUUCGACGAAAAGCGAAAAAAAUGAACAGACCCCCAAAACCCGACGCAAUAGAGGAAGGCAACCGGAUAAAAAUAACCGCCACACGAAUCAACAGUUUCUCGCGCGGGGCCCGGCCGCGGCAGCCACCAAAGAUAUUUCCGCUUUAGACAAAUGAAGAAUUUAAUAAGAUGAAUAGGAGGAGGAGGAGGAAGAAGAAGAAGAAGAUGAAAAAAAAAAGAGAGAGAAAUUUAAGGUUAUCCCUGUAACCCUGCCCCCCUCCCUCCCCAACCCCCACCCGCUUCUCCCCAACGCCUAGAUCCCCGAUAUCUCGUGUAACGAGCCUCGAAAGGAAAAAAAACCCCAGAGGAUAUCCAGAUAAUUUUAUUAGGUGCGGCUGCCCGUUAGUUUAGUGGGGGAGGUGCAUAAGGCCACCCCUCGGGUCCGCAAUAAAAAAAAAAAGAAAAAGAAGAAGAAGAGAAAAAGAUAUGCCAGGUUUGCCGCGGUAACGCGAGCGCGUGGAAGCGGGUCCCGCGCCCAAUCUCAUUCACAGCACACACUGGGCCGACUCGUCCGAUAGAAUGUGCCUUCAGUGUUGAUUUUAUACGAAAAAAAUACUAAAAUUAUACAAAGGGGCCCGACAUAGACCGAACGCCCACCCAAAGCCUGACUGGUGCUCGCCCGCUGCCCGUUUUCUCAUCCUGAUACCGGUCUCAACAAGCACACACAGAUACAAUGACACACACACACAUGUUCACAGAUACACAGACAGGUAAUUAUCAAGUCCCCUUUGAGAAAUCACGGAUAAGAUCUGUCGGGCGGCCGGUUUGAUAUUAUUUGCCAACGACGCUCGAUCGGUGGAGGAGUCUCGAUUUGUUUCUAUUUAUCUAUAGCGGAUUUAGUUUAACGAAAAUCAGUUUGGAAAAGGAUCGUGUUCAUCAUACAAAAAUGAAUCGAAUUGAAAUUCGAAGCGAAUCGUUUCAACUGCCCGAAGAAACGCGAAUCCUCUUGACGCUUAUUCGAAAUAUAAAAAGCGGGUACUUUUCUUUCCAUUUCUUUUUUUCCGGUAUAUUCUUUUUGAUCAACACUCGCGUCUGGGACCACGUUUAAAAAAAAAAACAUUAUACAUCUCCUCUCACCGUUACACAACUUCAAAUUUAUUGUUUAUCGAUAAUAAUAUCGAACAUUAGAUCGAGAUCAAGUUGACGAUCGAGAAUCCUGCAUCAUAAAAUCGAGUGAAAAAAAAAAUAUCAAACUCGUCCACGGAUCACUAAAAUCUCUUGGAGGGGGCCAAGAAUAUUAUCACCUCGAAAAGGAAGAGGUGAUACCCCGAGGCACGAAAUACGCGGUAUCUUCACACUCACACUCACACUCGACUCCGUGCCCCGGGGGGGGGAGUAAAACACCACACGCACACGUACACUUAUGCACACGCUCGCAAUAUAUCCAACGACACCCCAGAGAAAAAGAGAAUAUUUUCGUUGAUGCAAGGAGUUCGGAACGCUGCUAUGCACCGAUAACACACGUAUAUUGAUUAAAUGCAAUUACUAUGCGAUAAGUAUACUUACAUAAUAUAUAUGUAUACUAUGGUCUCUCCCACUUCCCAGUCAGAAAACCCCAAGAGUUGUCGUGGGCCGAUCGAGCGGACAAUCGUUGACUCGCGAGAGCGCGCGCGAUCAACCCUCCUCUCCCCCUUCCCCCUAACUGGAUGCGAUUUCGUCGAAAUCGUUCGAUCUACGGGGGAGAAAGAGAGAAGGAAAGAAAAAGAGAGGAAGGGAGGAAGAAAGAGAGAGAGAAGGAGAGAGAGAGAGAGAGGCGAACGCUCUCGCGAUCGUUUGUCAACACUUGGAUCGGUGCACGGCUUCGCCUACACUCUCCAAUGUCCACCCGGAAAUCCCAGAGAAAAACACGAUCCAGAAAUAUCCCCAGGAACACCCCUCCCCUACCACCCAUCGAAACAUCCCCGAAUAUCCCAAAUACCCCCGAAAAUACAAGCGUAGAAUUUAACCACAUUAACUAUGAAUGACGAGAAGCUACGUAAGAAGCUAACUAACUAACUACAAUUAAACUUACUUAAUUAUUAACAAUUAAACAAGCAGUAAAGCAGUAUAAACAGUAAACGCCCAGUAAUCAUUGAAUUGUGUGUCGACAACUACAUACUAACUACCUACCGUAUAUUGAAGUAAUAGCCGUAUGUAAAACGAAUGAAAAAAAAAUAACUUGUAUUCUACCAGUUGUAUCAGUCAGUCCAGUUCUAAUAAGCAAGCGAUUAAAAGUAACCCAAUGCCCGAUUUUAAUGACCUUCUUUAACUCCUAAACCUCCGCCUUCCGCACCCUCCCGUAUCUUUUUUCUGGUUACCCUUCUCGCAACAUCCCUCUCAAACAACUAUAUCCCCCGAUUCUCCGGAGACAUCAAACAAUUUAUUUAUUUCACUCAUCCCACCGAUAAUCGUCCCGACCCAAUUACCAAUCUAUCCGUCUCCUUCGACGUAAGUAACCCAGCAGAAAUGUAAACUCAGUGUCCUGCCCCCCUCCCCCCGUCGAUGUUCCAGAAGAACUUCAGCUUCUUUUUCCCUCCUCCCCCCCUCCGUUUUUAUACCCCUCCGUUUCCUCCUCAUUCCCUUUUCCUCGAUCAUUCCUACCCACCCUCCCUCUCCCACGUCAUUUCCACCAGGAGUAAAAUCCUCCGAGUAAACAGAAUCCUCCCGCGCAGUAUAAACCCCCAGUCAGUAUAAACAUGAUUCCGCCGAUGAAUAACAAGAAUAAAAAAAAAAUAAAAAAUAAAAAACAUGAUAUUUACCAUUAGUGUUUUUUCGUAGACAGACGUAAUAAAGAAUGGAAAACAAAGACUUCGUUUUACGAUUAUACGCACACGUGUGGGGAGACCAUGUAACUUUAGCUCCGCCGCUCAUCGAGCCGGCCGCGGUUCGCGAUCGACGCGGGUCGCCCCCUGCGUUCCCCACGACGCGAGGGAUUUGUUAUCGAGGUUGAGGGACGAGGGAUCGUGAACCCUCGUAUCGAUCGAUAUGGAUCCCUGGCCGAAGCAGAACAUCGGGGCCCGCCCCCUCCCCAUCCACCCAUCCACCCACCCCCUACCGAUCGCGAGCGCGGACGCGCCAACGCCCCGAAAACAAAGCACAGCUGAUUAAUAGCAGCUAGCGCCCUUUUCGAUUCCCCAGUAACCAGUGUCCCUCGACAUCCUCUCCACCCUCUAAGUCCCCCACCCCCGCCUGCCCUCUCCUCCUGCCCCCCCUCCGCCCGUUAUCCAAAUCGAAAAGAAGAGAAGAAAAGACACGAGAAGAACCAUCCAAAAUUCCCUUUAUCCACAAUUGCCUCCGCAACUCCCUCCCCCCUCCCUACCCCCUCGAUUCCCUACGUGUUGUAUUAUCCGUUAUUUUCGAUAUAAUAUUAUAUAUAGUAUACUAUAAUGAUAUUUAAUGAUAAUACGACGACGAUAAGGUAUGGGAGACGUUUGGUCACACACAUUUAAAAAAAAAAAAAAGGAAAAAAAAAGUAGGACACUACACGGAUUACGCCAUCCUCACACGACCAUUUUUUCUGAUCGACACACAGCGACGAAACUCGUAUGAUGAUCGGAUAACAUAUAUAUACACGCAUGUAUACACGCAGGAGACACGUUUACACACACGUAUAAACAUACACGCAGACAAAGAGGUUUCUACAGAGACAGACACAGACACACAUAUGGACAUACAUACGCAAACAAGCGUACACACACACGCACAGGAAGCCACACUUUGAAACCACACGCAGUAUACGUGACAGGAUAAUACGUACACGCAGCUACACACGCAUACGGCCACGCACUUCUACAGAUACCAGCAGUAAUAGAACAGACGUAACAGGAAACAAAAAUAAUAAUAAAAAAAAAAACAUAAGAAAAUGAAACACUAGUUGCCGUGCAGUUUGUGAACAAAUAAAAAAAAAAAUAAUAAAAUAAAAUAAUGCAGUAAUGAUAACCACCGACCUACCCGCGGGUCCGCUUCGUUCUGGCCCCGCGAGACUGAGCCGCGCGUUCUCGCGUUGAAAGAUCCCAUACAUACACACAUACAAACACACCCGCGAAUCCGGCGGUCGAAUCUCCUGUUUUUUCUUAAUCUUUGUCGACGAACGCAUCGCCGCCCACGCGCGCGUAAACGCGUGACAACCGUUCGCGAUGAUCAUGAUGAUGAUGACGACAACGAGGCGGGAGAACAAGCGCGGCUCAGGGUUCGCGACAGGGGCUGAAUCUGCCUCAAGCGUAGCUAAACGUUUUUGUACAGGAUUAAACAAUGAAUGCAUAAACUGGAUGUAAAAUCUUGAGUUACAGAGCAGCACUAUACAUACCACACAGAUGAUGUAUAUAUUUUUACGUUACAGAAUAUGCCUGCGCUACAGUCAGGCGCCAUAAGACUGGUUCUCAUUUCCCACGAAUACAAUGCGUAUAUACAAUGCCACAUAAACUUUAACGAGAAAAGCAAAAUGACCGAUAUAUUGUAAUGUAAAACUUAAUGAUAUUUGUAUACAGUAUACCACCUGGUACCACAACACGGGGGUUAAAACAAACACGCCAUGGUCAAACGAGACUGGGGCUGCCUGCUUGCAACGACGCGGAUAAUCGGUCGGGGAAAUCGAGAUUCGAGAGGUGGGACGUUACCUUUUUAACGAUCGUCGUUUCAUACGGAUAAAAAAAAAAGAAAGAAAAGAAAAGAAAAGAGAAAAAAGAAGGAAAGAUUUUUGUCCAUCACACGAAAGAAAAAAAAGUAAUUUCGACGCGUGAAUUGUUGAUCAUAAAUGGAUCAACGAGAUAUAUAGACGAUCUGAUCCUGCCUCUCGGAUCUCGUACGAAAUGGGUAAGAAAAAGCCAUUAAGGGCUUGAAAAAUCAAAAAUCACUUACAAAUUGGCACAACGAAUUCGCGAACAGACCCGUGCGUUUUAAACACCGUGGAAAUUACCAUCCUGAUUUUCUCAUUAGGCCGUUAUGCCCAUCGAGCUCCAUUCAAACUCGUGUCCGAAAAUUGAAAAAAGAAAUAAAAAGAAAAAAAGAUAAAAAGAUAAAUCCAAGCGAGGAAAACGAAAAAUCAUAGGGAGGAAGGAGUGUGACAACAACGAGAUCCGUCGUCGACUGCGAUCAAUUGCGAACAUUGGAUCGCAGAGGGGGACGAGCGGGGGAGGAAAGGUUGUUUUCUUCUCUUGGCUCGUUCCUAGGGGUGACGUGUUGCUUGCGGGUACCCCGACAGAAGCAUAACGCGGGUAGGAGUUUCUAAACAUUGAAUUCCCGCCGCGCUCGAGUAGCUUUCGCGACUCGAGUCGCGGGAAGGUCCUAAUUUUCCGAAAAUAAAAAAUAAAUUAAUAAUAAUAAACACUAAAUCCGCACUCACGGGCCGUUGGUCGCGGGCAGAUCGAUCGAAUUUCGGGGCGAGAAUUAUUCGAUCGUUCCGUGUUCUCUCUCCAUCCGGAUGGAAGGGAAAAAAAAAAAAGAAAGAAAAAAAGAAAGCGUCGAAGACGAGUCACAAAGGGAAACGCGAAUGGCAAACGAAUGGGCCUAAAACGACGAAGGAAUAUCAAGUCUUGUGAUCCAUCAGUCGAGAUGUCUGCACCGCCACUGACGUACCGUGAGACCUUCAUAUGACACACGUUUGAGUUGCAGUGCAAGCGAACAUCUGUAGAGCCAUAUACGUAUAGUAUGUUGUUGUAUCUUAAAAAAUGAGAGAGAUAAAAAAAAUUUGAACAAUUGACGACAAUUUAAGCGUAGUAAGUGUACAUUUUUUAUAACAAAACGAAAAACGAAAAAAAGAUAAACGAAAAGAAAGAGAGAGAGAGAAAAAAUAUGGAUGAAAACAAAAUGGUCGCGGUUGCAUUUCGAUGAAAAGUUCGUAUGCGGCAAAAAUAAAAAGGAAACAUAAAAGACACGGAAAACUUUAACGAACGAACUAACAGAUAAACAAAAAAACAAACAAACAAACAAAAAAAAAAAAAUAAUAAAAAAUGGGGCGGCAGAUUCGUAGCGAGAAAUCACGAUAAUAAGUAACGAUAUUAAAUUCGAAAAAAAAAAAAAAAAAAAGAACGAACGAACGAACGAGAAAGAAAAACGGCGUGAGAGAAAGAGGACGUAAAAAUGAUAGAGCGAUAGGUAAGAAAGGGAAAGAACGCGUGCACGGUAUGCGAUUGUAAAGCAUGAGUGUGAUAAGAAUAAUGUAUAACAUGCGCAAGAACGUAGGGGUGUGAAUGUAUGCGUGUGGAACAGCAAACAAGAACAAACAGCAACAACAACAACAACAAAAAAACGAAACAAAAAGAAUAUAACAAAAGGGGAAAAAAGAAAGAAAAGAAAAAAAAAAGACGAAAUGUCAGUAGAAGUUGCUAUUAAUCGCGAUUGGCGGCUUGGUCACCGGCGGUCCCGUCCGAAACGGGUGCAAGUUAACUUUUAGAUGUAUAAAAUACGUGGUGAAAAUGUCGAAAAGAGGGAGAGAAUACAAAUUUUAUCUUACGCUCUUGUGGUUUUUUUAGGAUCUUUUAAAAAGAGAGAAAGGGAGAGAAAGAGAGAGACAGAGAGAGAGAGAGAGAGAGAGAGAGAGAGAGAGAGAGAGAGAGAGAGAGAGAGAGAGAAAGAGAGAAAUUAUUGUAAAAAAAAAAAAGAGAGAAAGAAGAGUGAAUGAAAGAGAGAGAGAGAGAGAGAGAGAGAGAGAGAGAAGAUAAAAGACCUAUUAUAAAAGAAUGGUGACAAGUUUCGAGGUCGACUCGUUGCGCGAAACACACGGCGAAAUUGUUGUAUGAAGCGAAAUGCGUAAAACGACGACGAGUAUGUAGACUCGAGUGGAGUGCGUGCAUUGGAUUUUGAUAGACGCGAGUGAAUGAGAUCUUUUACCGUGCGUGUCGAAUUGUAUGCGUGAAAUAAUGUUAGGGGAAGGGAAAUACAGAGGAGGGAGAGAGAAAGAGAAUAAAAGGGGAGAAAGAGAGGGGAAAGAGAGACAAAAUUUAUUGUAAAUUUCUUGGGGGUGAUUCGGUCGCCCGGUGACCGCGCCCCGAUCUCGAUGCGAGCUCGAAAUUCCAUGGGCGCCGGAUACGGGGUGCACGGAGAAAAAUACCAAGGAUAGAAGAUCGAUCGAAUACGUUUCGUGACUCGAUCGCGGAUAAUCAUCUUGUAAAUAUUUUUCUCCGUGAUGCGUUCGAUGACCGAAAUUAUAGUUUCCUUCUUCUUCCUGGCCAAAUAAUAAUAAUAAUAAUAAAUUAAUAAAUAAAUGAAUAAAGUAAAAAAAUUAUUUAAAAAAAAUGAGAGGAAAUAAAUAGAUAAAGAAUAUGCCCGAAGGAAGCGACUAUGAGAAAAGAAAAAAAAAAGGUUAUACAUAUAUAUUUUCGGAGGAUUUCGGCUAAACUCGAGGCAGAUGAAAAAAAAAAAUAAGCAAAAGAGAGAAAAAAAACGAAAAAAAGAAAAGAGUACAGACUAAAAAGCGACUAGUAAAAUGUAAAAAAGAAAAAAAAUGUUUAGGGAGCGAAGAAAAAGUAAAAUCCGUUUCCGAGAUCACGCGAUUCGGCGUCCUUGUCUAUUUCGACCGAAGCACGCUUGUUUCGAUUUCGAAAAAAAAUCGAUUAUGGGUUUUUUAUAUAUUUUUGGCAACGAUAUCUCGAUACUAUUUAAGGUUUUAGCUUAACAAAACGAAACAAAAAAAAAAGAGAGAAGAAUGAAGAAAAGAGGAGAAAAAAAAUAUGAACGAGGUGGAAUGUAGGAGAUUGAUAACUAACGAAAGAACGAUGUAGACGAAGGCGCAUCGCUGUCGUGUUUUUGUAAAAAAUUUUGGACACAAAGAAUGUCGAAUGAGAGAGUGAAAGCGAAAGAGAGAGAGAGAGAGAGAGAGAGAAUUCGAGCAAUUGACAAAAGAGCGAAAUUGAGGUGUGCGUGAGAACUAGGGAAGAAAAAGCGAGUACGAGAGUGAUGAGAAAAUGCGAAAAUGAAAACGGUAGAAAGAGAGAAAGAAAAAAACGGUGGUAAAGUAAUAUUUAAAUAUUCGUAUCAAAAGAAAAAAAAAUGUGUAGGGCCUCGAAAACACUGGCGACCGAAUGGGACAAGGGAGACAAGAAAAGUUGUGAAAUGAAAGAAGAAGGGAAAAAAAAAAAUGAAACUAACUUAGCGAAAGGCGAGAAAUAGAGUGGGGCCGAACUACUAAAAAAUAUUUAUAAUAUAUGGCUACAAGUACAAAUUACUUCGACUACUGAGCGUAGGUGUAUUGAUGUGUGAACAAAAUUUGGUUGGCCGAUGACCGUUUUUGAAACCAUCAUACUGCGUAUCAAAGUAUGUAAAAUUUAUUGAAUAAACGCUAGCGUAUUAUGAUAUAAUGUAAUCUAAUAAUGUAAUAUUGUAAUGACGAGUCUAAAUGAUGAUGUUAACUUGAAGUUUAGGGAGCGCGCGUGAGAGAUUGUGCACGUGGAUGAUUUAAAGAGAAAAAAAAAAAAAAAAAAAAAAAGAAACAAAGAGAAUAAGAGAGGACAAAAAAGAGAUUAUUGUGCAUACGAAAAAAAAAAGAGAGAAAAAAAUGAUGAAAAAAAGAAUGACAAAUUGCAUCUUUAUAACGAUUAUCAUUACGAUUACUAUUAUUAUUAUUGCGAUUUACGAUUGUCAGUCACCCGUCACUUGUCAUUAUUGCGAAUGAAAAAAAAAAAAAGCGAAAAAGAAACAAAAAUGUAAACCGUUCCCCGUCCAAACGGGAAACGGGUCUAUUCGUCCUCCCCUUAGUAACGUUCGUUUCUUAUCAUUGAUCUAUCCGUGAAGAAAGAAAGAAAAAAAGAAAUAAUAACAAAAACCAAGAGGCAAACGAGAUAAAAAAAAAAACGAAGUGCGACGAUUGUAACCGUUAUUAUGAUUAUCAUUAUUCCUAUGAUUAUCAUUAUGAUUAUUAUUACUACGGCGAUUAAUGGUAUUUCUGAUUGUCAUUAAUUAUCGUUAUAUUGUACGUACAUUGUAAACGACAGCGAAAAACCGACUCAGUUGUUCACAAUUUUGAGACACAUAUAUAUACGUUCUUGGGAAACUCUACAAAAAGAAAAAAAAAAGAGAUGAGAUCGGAGAGAGGAGAAAGACAGAACGAAAGGAAAAUGUGAAGAGAGAAAGGAAGGGAGAGAGAGCGAGAGCGAGAACGAGAGAGAGAGAGAGAGAUCGAUUCGAGAGUGAAUAAACGUGCGUGAUUGCGAAUCGUGCGAAUGCAUUUGAGAGCCGAAUGAAACGGGAAUGAAUGGGUUUGAGUGUACGCCAGAAGAGAAUCGAGUUCGAAUUGAUAAAUCGGUAAAGACGCGAGAGGCAAAAAGUUGAACGCGAGGGAGAAUGGCAAUUUUGCGCGCGAUAAGUGAGAAAAUUGUGAAAACGAAGGAAAAAACGAAGGUGAAAGGAUGUAUGGUGUACAAGUGUGCUUGGUAUGCGCGAGAGAAUGCACGAGUAUAGAGGUUAAACGAGGGAGAAGAUUCACACGCUAAAUUACUUGCACGGGGGAAGAGAGAUAAAUAGAACGAACGGCGAUCGGCGCGACGGUGAACGCCGGUGAUUUAAAUGGACGACGUUUCACGGUUUCCCGCGAAAAUUUUAGGGUGAAACGUUGGGGUGUGGAUUCGGGACGACGAAGAAGGAAACGAAAAAAAAAAAAAAGAAAAUUCCGCAAAACGGCGUAUGGUUAACGUUUUUUCGGCGAGCGUAAAAAAAAUACAGGGGAGGGGGUUGUCACGCCGUGUCUGCUACUUUCUUUCGGAAUCGUUCGGACGUAUAAGAUUAAAACAUAAGGGAUAAAACGAAGAAGAUGAAAAAAGAAAAAUAAAAGACGAAGAAAACGAAGAAGAAAAAAACGAAAAAGACAAGGGGCGAAGAGCGAAAAAGAAAAAAGAAAAAAUUCCUAAUGAACUCGCCCGCGCCCGGCAGCGACGCACUUUCGGCGCCUCGCUAAAUUCUAUUUUUGUAAGCAUAUUUCUAUAAAGGUAUACUAACGAUACGGCAAAAUUUAUUAUUCCUAGUGUGGUGAAAAUGAAAAUUGAACGUUUAGAUUUCGUUAGUAUAGUUGUAAAGAUGAUGAUGAUGAUGAUGAUGAUGAUGAUGAUGAUGAUGAUAAAAAAAAAUUAACGAUGUCUAGGUCCUAUUCGUGUAUUUAAAGGCGAACUAUAAGAAAAUAAAAAAAAUUAUAUCGUCGGCGGCGUCGUAGGUUGUAAAAUUGUACAUAAAUUAUUGCAAGAGGAGGCGCGGACGGUUGCAUCGCUGGCACGCGGCACGUGGCUGGUUUUCCUCAUAUAUAUGUAUGUAUGUAAUGUAUGUAUGUAUGUAUAUCUUUGGCGCUGUAUAGAAAAAUGAAGAUAAAACAAAAAAAACUCGGGGGAAAGGGGGGGAUAAUACGAAGGAUGGAGUAGUACAGGAGUUCGAAGAAGGUCGAAAAGGGUUAGAUUUUAAGGGACACACGCACAUCUUUUUCGGCACUGGAGUCAAAAUUUCGCGUCUUCCCCGUCGUUUUUUUUUUUUUUUUUACCGUCGCGCGUUUGAUCGCCGAUCGACCAACCCCGUACGUUCCUACGAUGUGUCACGAUACCGCAGAUAAAUAACAAAACGAGAUGAGAGAAAGAAAGUGAGUGAGAGUUUCAAGAGUGGUACGAAUGAGAAAGAGAGAGAGAGAGAGAGGAUGGAAAAAAAUAAAGAAAAAGGAUAAAGAGAAGGAAACGGGAGCGAGAGAGCGAGAGAGAGGAGAAAUUUCUAGGAGAAAAUCAGGGAGUGCAUUUUUUAGGCUGUCUCGUCGCGAAACGAAGGUGAAUGAAGACAAAUUUUUAGGCGAAGAAUAAAAAAAAUUUAAAGGAAGAACAAAAAGGAUAAAAAGAAAAAAAAGAAGAAAAAAAGGGGGAAAAAAAAUCGAAAAAACGAUCGCCCUCCCUUCUCAUAGCCGAGAGAGUGAAUUCGACGACGAUGCACUGCCGUUUUUUGAAUUAAAACACACACACACAAAAAAAAAAUAAAAAAAAAAGAAACGAAAUAAUAUAUAUAUAAAUAUAUAAAUAUAUUAUAUAUAUAUAUAGAUAGAGAUAUAGAUAGAUAGAGACACCAAAAAUAUGGCAGAACGGAAAUCGUGCGAAAUUCUGCGCGCGGCUGACUGAAUCGUGGAGGGCGCCUCGUGUUAUAUAUCAAAUCUCUUUCGUUUACUCUCGGAUGAUUAUGUUUCACCGGUGCACGCGACUGUACCUUCUCUUAUUGCCCGUUUUUCAUUUUCCGAAAUAAUGACGAGCGCCGCCUAUUUCUCUAGACGUUACAUCGCGAUUUAUACACAGAAAACGUACACGAUACGUGAAAUAACACGGUAUGUCUUUUCUUUUAACGUUUUCCCGCCCACGGCGUCUCACCGUGAGGCAUUUCCGGAGGCGAUUCACGACAAGAGAGACAAUGGGGGAGCGAGUGAGACCGAGUGAAUGCGAGACAGAGAAAGAAGAUCGAGAGAAAGAGCCGUAAGAAUGAUGAAGAAGAAAGAGCCGAUAAAGUGUGAGAAGGGCAAAAAAAAAAAAAAAAAGGGAGAAAUUGAGCGCGCGAGGAUGUCGAUGCUCGAACGAGAGAAACGUUUGAACUUGAGAGCGAUUCUCGUUUGAUUAUCGUCCCUCCUCUUCCACCAUUCUAGGCGCUCCCCAUGUACGAGUAGUUCUUCCAUCAAUCUUUCCAUGUAUUUUUCCACGCGUGACCAAUCAACUUCUCGUUUCGAAAAGAUUCACAUCUUGGACAUCUUGGAUCGAACGAGAAUUGAAAAACUGAAUUUCUCCUGAAAAAAGUUAAAAGGAAAUGGUUUUUACUAUCGGUAAGGGAAAAGAGAAAGAGAGAAAAAGAGAGAGAGAGAGCGUGAAACGUGAGAACGUGAGAAAUUGAGAGAGGAAGGAAGUGAAACAGGUUGACAGAGAGAAAGGUAGUGAGAAAGAGGAUGGAAUGAGAGCGAGAGACUAAAAGGAAGGAGAGAAAGAAGAAGUGAGGAAGGAAAGAGCGAACGGGCGAAAGAAAGAAGACGAGAGAGGAGACACAAGAGUAUCGUAGUACACAGAGACACGUAUUCAUGACACUCGGAAAUACAUGUACAUGCAAAAAACAUACAUCUACAGGGACAUACACAUAUGUAUACACACACAUUUGCGGACACUAACACCUACAAGUGCAUCCACAUGGACAUAUACUGACACACAGGGACACGCAAUAUUAUAUAUAUACGACUCCAUAGAUGAUGGCGCGGCACACUCACAUAGUGUCUCUCGGAUUGUUCCACAAAACUUUUCAUUCGAGUUUGCUUCAAGAAACCUUCUGUUUUCUAAUGUAUGACGUGUUGUUGUCGAUAUAUAAAAUAAACUUAAUAAAAAAAUA